AUGGCCAUGUUCGUAAGAGAUGCUAUUCAGAUUCACUACAUGAAAUACUGUGAUUCACCUAUAAGCUGUACUUUGACCAAUUAUUACUUUUCAUACUUCGGGGAUAGCUACUGCCGGAUAGAUGUGGUGCAGGAUCUGUUAAGUUUCCAUCUGUCUCAGUUUAAGACAAGCAAACGCAGCGGGCUGCUCCUCCUAGCUGCUGGAAACAGUGACUACUUGUCUCUGGAGCUCAUCAAUGGCAGGUUACAGGCAAGAAUGGAUAUGGGAUCUGGGGAAGUGGUGCUGAGCUCCUCCCCUGGUGUGCAACUCAACAAUCUUUUAGAUCACCAUGUUUCUCUGACGCUACAAGAAAGCAAACUCAUAAUGAGCGUGGACGACAUAUUUACGACGUCCGUUGGCGUACAGGGAGAGGAGGAGUAUCUCAGUAUUGAUAUGGGUGUAUUCCUUGGCGGUGUAAAAGACUUGGAUGUUGAAUACAUCAGCACCGCUGUCCCCUUCUUCCGUGGCUGUAUGAGCAGCAUGAAAUUUGAGUCUCAUCAGUUUAAUAUUUUGUCGUCAGCUGCAACUGUCUGCCAUGACACUGUAGCCAUCUGUAGCGGUGAGUUCGAAGCAACAGAUGGAGAGGCCAUCAGCUUUACAAGUGCAGACUCAUUUGUAUCCUUCCCAACCUGGACCAGACCCAACACUGGCUCCCGCAAUAUGGAAAUACUGAUGAAAACCACCAUUGAAGAUGCUCUGCUUCUCUUUCACCCAGGUCAGGAGUCUGAUUUUAUUGCCUUGGGGAUGGCAGGAGGGUACCUGAAAGGUGUGGCACAACUGGGCAGUGGCAUAGUGAUUCUUAACAACUUAAAAGUAAAGCUGGAUGAUGACCAGUGGCACAGGAUUCGAAUGCAGGUUGAUCCCAACACUUUUGAGAUAACAGUGGAUAGUGAGUCUGUCUCAAAGCUUCUAUUGGGAUCAGAAAAACUGGACCUUGUGGGAAAUCUGUACUUAGGAGGCAUUCAAGGGAAAAUGAAGGACGUAUUCCGAGAUAGCUACCUGGCAUUUAUGGAAGAUGAGAUAACAUCUGAGUCAUUCAUUGGAUGCUUAGGCGACGUCAAGAUAAACCAGAAGGACAGAACCCUACAAGAUGCCCUUAUAACUAAAGAUAUCCAUACUAAAUGUGAAGAAGAGUAUGACUAUUCCACCUAUUAUGAUGAAACAGCUGCAACUACAGCCCCAACACAGAUAAUAACAGUUUGGUACAUGCCAGAUGAAAGACACUGUUUUCCAUCUGAGGGCAUGCCAGAGAUCUUUCAAAAUGUCUCUAAACUCUUAAGCAUCACCCCUUUGCUGGUUCCAGAGGGUGGAGAAGCAUUUAUUGAACUAAGCAACCUAAACCCAACCUUCAAUCUAAAUGCUGCAGGAAUCCGGCAAUCUCAAAUCAUUUUCACCCUUCAGAGCGAUCCUUCGUAUGGCCUUCUAGACAUGAACAUCAACACAAGGCGCACUAAGAAGUUCACUCUACUAGAUGUGGCGAAUAAGAAGAUUAAGUAUCUUCAUGACGGCAAUGAGAAGUACGGCGAUCAAAUCCAACUGGAAGUGGUGGCGCACGGUUCCAACCUCCCAGAGUGUUUGAAAAAUCCCCACCAAUACCGGCUCCCAGUGGAAAUUCUGCCUGUCAACGACAUACCCCAGCUUAGUGUUGAAGACAUUGCCAUCACAGCAAAUGGACGCACUCUCUUAAGCCCCAACCUUGUCAAGAUAGCGGAUUCUGAUAAGCGGUGUGACAAUUUGAUUGUUACGGUUACCUCAGGUCCAAGCCCUUAUGGUUACUUAGAGAAUUCAGAGCAACCUCAUAGGAGGCUAGGAAAUUUCACCUGCAGACAGCUCAAGGAUGGACUCAUUUACUAUGUCCACCAAGGAGGCUCAGAGGAUGAGCUCACUCUUAAAGUUUUAGAAGUUUCGGUCACCAUUAGACUCAUAGUAACUGAGCCACAGAUUAGUCUGGUAACAAACACCGGACUGCGCCUCGUUCAGGGUGCCAACUCUAGCAUAGGGAUACAGAACCUGGCUGUAUCUGUCACUCCCAAAAAUGACGAUAUCAUGUUCAAUGUUACGCAGCCUUUAAGAUUCGGAGAGCUACAAAUUAUUGGACACGAUGGUGUGCCGAAGAGAGUGUCACAGUUCUAUCAAACUGACCUGGAGCAGAAUAGACUCAUGUACACUACGAAGACGUUAGCCGAUAUGGAGGACAAAAAAACUGAGUAUAUUCAUUUUAAUGUGCAGCUUGGACAGUUUACACUUCCAGACAAUAUAUUCAUCAUUGAGAUCGUACCUGCUGAGCUAAUUAUGGCAAAAAUCAUCCCUCUUAAUAUUUUAUCAAGGGAGCCGAAAGUUAUCAAAAAAUUCGAGUUAGAAGCGAUCGUUAAAGGUAAGAAUAUCGACCCGGCUUUUAUCAGAUACAUCGUUCUGAGGCGUCCGACAAUGGGUGCAUUGAUGCUGCAUGAUAGAGAGCUGUCAGAUAGAGAUAGCUUCACCCAACAGGAUAUUGAAGCUGGAUAUAUCAGUUACAGACCCACAAUCCAAAGGGCUUUAAAUGCUGAUGACUAUUUUCAGUUCAAGAUUGUUGCAGAUGAUCAAUACUCUCAAUUAUACACUUACCCAAUCAGUGUAAAAGCUGACUCCAGUUUCCCGGUAUUAACCAAUGAGAGACUUCUGGUACUGAAAGGGAAUGAAAGUACCCUUAGUAAAGAACACAUUUGGGUGCAGACUCAAGAGUCCACAAACUUUGUGUACAGGAUCAUUGAAGACCCUAUGCAUGGACGUCUCAUUCGGGACUCCCCUCCCGGUGUGCCAAGGUUCGAGGGUGCAGUCCGAGUUUUUAGUAAUGAAGAUAUCCUCUUAAAAAGGCUCAUCUAUAAACACGAUGGCUCAGAGUUCAGCCAAGAUCAAUUUACCUUUCAGGUCCGUGACGUAAGUGCAGGUAGCACUAAUGAAAAUGGGAUCGAAGGAACAUUUCACAUAGCAAUUCAAUCCAGAAAUGAUUAUGUACCUCAACGGGUCAUUAAUAAACCCUUCCACGUAACAAGAAGUGGCCAGCGUCUACUGACCACUGAUGACAUUCUAUUCAGGGAUGAUGACUCCAGCUUUAAUAACACCCAACUGGUUUAUGUUCGAGAAGGCAUUCUCUCUGGUAGCAUAGUGUCGUCUGCAAACCCUUUACAACCCCUCUACCGUUUCACACAGGCAGACCUUAAAGAUGGGAAAAUUCUGUUUGUCCAUCAUGGUGCUGACCGGGAUCUGUUUCAGCUUCACGUGUCUGAUGGAUUGCAUAGAACCACAGCACUUCUAGAGGUGCAGGCCGGUGACCCAUAUCUAGACAUCGUCAAUAACACCAUGAUUAUCAUGGACUACGCCAGUACCAAGACUCUGGACACGAGCGUUCUGGGCACAGAGUCUAACAUGGACAUUAGGAGUGCUUCAGAAAUUAUAUAUGACGUAAACACCCCUCCAAGCGAUGGCAAGAUUAUAGUCAGUGGGAUUGAGGCGACUCGGUUCACUCAGGAAGACCUCAGGAAAGGUGUGGUGUCCUAUGAAAACAGUGAUCAGAGUCUCCGGUCCACGGAUUCAUUCACCUUCACCGUGCAUGCGAAAAACAUGACUGAGGAAGGCACUUUCAGAAUUAAGAUCGUCAAGCAAGGAUUUUUGUCUAAACCUCAAGUCACGUCUAAUAAAGUGAUCAUUGCAUAUGAGGCUGAGCAUACAGUCAUCGACCAGGAUCAUCUUAGGGUGGAGCAGGCCAACAUCUCGCCUACCGAGUUAGUGUUUACUAUUAAAGAACUUCCACGCUUUGGCCAUGUGGUCAGUGUGAUUAAUGAUACUGAGAGCACAGUGUCUCCUGUGAUGGACUAUAUUCAAUCUUUUACACAAGAGGACAUAAACAUGGGGACGAUCUUAUAUGUUUCAGCCUCAGAACACAGUCAAGACAUGUUCACUCUAGAUGUCAGUAACGGUUUCACCACAAUUGAGGACCUAGAGGUGCAGGUAGACAUCAUGCCCCGGUUUAUACCUGUCCAAGUGGCCAACCUCACUGUUAGGGAAGGAGACAAUGUGAUUCUUACGGAAGACAUUCUGAACAUCACACAUCCUUUCUACCGGUCCGUUCAUAUCGAAUUCAUUAUGGAGAAGGAGCCUCAACAUGGAGAGAUCAAAUAUCUGGACAGGGAGGAUGAUGCGCUUGUGACUUUCACCUGGGAUGAUGUGCAGCAGGGAAGCGUCUACUACUUCCACGACGGCACAGAGUCCACGGAGGACAAUUUCACUUUCUCAGCCACCGCUUACGAGUUAAAUCGCCGCAGCCACCCGAUCACCGUGGGCGUCACCGUGAUCCCGAUCAACGACGAGCCACCACGGCUGAGGCACAACACGGGCCUGGAGCUUCUUAUCAGCGAAGAAAUGGAAAUCACAAGCAAAUCUUUGAGCGCGGAAGAUCUGGACACCCCUCCAGACAAGCUGGUGUACAACAUCGAGGGAACCAAGAAUGGAAUCGUCGCUCUGAAAGAGUUGCCCGACCUCGUUAUUGAAAGAUUCACCCAGGCUCAGAUCAACAACGGCGAAGUCAUUUUCAUCCACAAAGGAUCGGAAUCUGGUGGAUUCAGUUUCACGGUGACAGAUGGAGACCACACAUCUCCCCUCCACCGCUUCGUCGUUGCUGUCCGGCAGCUGACGAUCUCCAUGGAAGUAAACGGCGAGCUACUGGUCUUUCCUGGAUCCAGACAAGCCAUCAACAGCGAUAUCCUGCGAGCAGUGACCAGUGAGGAUGGAGAUGAGAUCAGCUAUUCUAUCACGAAACCUCCACGUCUAGGGCGACUCAUUAAGCCCAACCAGAGUGGACAAUUUGAGGAAAUCAAGCAAUUUACACAAACCGAGCUGGAUGCUGGUGCAGUGUAUUAUGAACACCAAAUGCCAUCAGAGUCCUUCUGGGUGGUAAAAGACGCUGUAGAACUUGAGCUCUCAUCACCCCCAGCGGCAAAGCUCAAACACACUCUUCCUGUGACAGUGUCGUACUACGCCACCAAUCAAAAUGUGUCCUCGCAGCUGUGGAAGAACAAAGGUAUGUCAGUGGUACAGGGACAGUCCAAGGUGUUCGACAUCACCAUUCUUGAUGCGUCUAACCUGCUAGGCAGUGUCCCACAAGAGAAACGGGAAGGCCAGGACAUCGUUUUUGAGGUUCAGCAGUUCCCUAAACAUGGCCAACUCACUCUCGGAGGUGACGUUUUUCCCCGGGAUUCACCCUAUUUCCUGCAAGAUGACAUCAUUAAAGGAAAGCUGGAGUACCGCCAUGAUGACUCGGGAGCCCUGGCGGACAGAUUUUCUUUCCGUGUGCGGCUGAACCCCCGUGGUCACCCUCCUCAGGCUGUUCCAGGAGCCAUAGUGCUAGAGGAGGUUUUUUCUCUCUCAAUCAGACGAAGAGACUUCAGCCCCCCGGAGUUAGUCACUUUGGACCUGCUGCUGGAGGCUCUGCAAGGAUCUACCACUGUACUCUCCAAGCAGCACCUCAACACUAUAGACCAAGAUAGUACACCAGAUGAGGUCAGAUUCACCAUCGUGAAGGGUCCUACUAAUGGGCACAUUAUCUACAAGGAUACUGGGGAGAGGGUCUUGGAGUUCACCCAAGAGGAGGUGAAUUUGGGUCAGGUGGCAUUUGUGAGCGAUGGGAGCUUCUCUAACAGUUUUAUGGAAUUCACUGUCUCUGAUGGGAAACAUCAGUCAGAUCCGCACACAAUGAACAUCGGCAUCCUGGCCAAGAAACUUCUGCUUAAUAAGGUGCAGGAGAUCCAAUUCAAGCAGGGAGAUGAUGAGACUCCUAUCAUGGAGACAAUGUUGAAAGCAUCCACAGGAGGACCAAUAGAGGAAGAAGUCAUCUAUAAAAUUACAAAUGAGCCAAAGUAUGCAGUAGUGAUGGUGGACAGGCAAGCUACUUCUGCGUUUACUCAAAAACAGAUUAGAGAAGGGAGAGUGAGUGUCCGCUUCAUCAAGUCCACAUCUUCAAAUGACAGUUUUUCCUUUGUAGCCCGCAGCAGAGCAGCUAACGUUUCCUCCAGCCUUAACAUCACGGUAAAACCUUUAGUAAAAGUAGCCAAGGUUCCCUUACUUCCACGUGGCACUAGAGUUCUGGUGGACAGAAAGCUGUUAGAUGCCACCCCGCUUGCCAACAAGACCAAAACCUCACCAACCUUCAGUGUGACCAGGCAGCCAAAGGGAGCAAGGUUUGUAAAAAGAGGAGGGCCUUCAGAUGGCCAGCCUGUGGAUUCCUUCACCCAGAGAGAUCUAGAUGAGGGGCGAGUGGCUCUAGAAGUCCUAAACUCCACUGGGGAUCCAAAGGAAAAAGGUCAAGAUCAAGAUGAGGCUCGCUUCCUCCUUAAGGCACAUGGAGUUCCCCCAGCAGAGUGCGCUCUUUCCUUCCAGACAGUACCUUAUGACCCAGCAGGAAUUUAUGGUGCUACAGUACUUGAGGUGCCUCCUUCUGUGCCCAACUCUGACACGAGUAAAGGAGACCAGCCUGGAUUGGGGGUUGACGGGAAAUGGCAUGGAGCAGCUCCCACCACAUCCUCUCCGAGCUCCAAUAGAUCCCCUGUUUCAAGGCGGAACUCGAUAUGGGCCAUCCUUAUUCCCAUAUUAGUUAUCCUCCUACUACUAAUUGUGGCUGGAGUGUUAGCAUACUACUUGGUCCGUCGCAACAAAACAGGAAAGCACAACGUCCAGAAUGCUGCCACCAAGCCCAAAAAUGGAGAGGUGGCUCAGGAAACCUUUCGAAAAACCGACCCAGCAAAUAGCAUCCCCAUGUCCAAUAUGGAGUCUAAAGAUCCUGAAUUACUGCAGCACUGUCGGACAACAAACCCAGCCCUGAAAAAGAACCAGUACUGGGUAUGAGAGCGGGAAAUUGGGACUCCUUAAUUAGAUUGUUUAGAUCAUGCUGUAUUGACAUUUAGUGUGUAUUCACACAGAGGACGUUGAUUUUUCUAUCUUUUUUUUUUGACACUUUCUUGAGUCAUUCCUAACAGUAUUAUAAAGAAAAACUCAUGGUUGAAAAAAAAGAAAGCCCACCUUUUUUUUGGCAAAUAACUUCCAGUUCCAUCAGUCGUCAUCCAUGUGAACACGUCUCACCCGAAUCUGCCUCCGUUUUACACUGAUACAGGACCAAGUCUUACGAGGACUGGAUUGUGCACCUUUUCAUGGUCAACAGAUUCAAAUAAAAGUUCUCACAAAAAAAAGACCCACUUUAGAUUGGGCCCAAACAUGUUUACAUAUUGGUUUAUUCAUUCGUCGGGUAAAACAUCGUUAUUUGCGUUUGUAUAGUGUACAUUACAACAAAAAAUAUAUAUUUUAAUACAUUUCGUUUCUGUAGGAUUUUUUUUUUUCUGUUAGCAAGAAAACAUGCGGAAUGAAUUUAGACUUAAAAUGAAUUUGUAAUAUUUAAAUAGACUUUUUGGACAUGAACAUUGAUUGUGUUUGAAUUGUUAUGUAUUUUGAAAGUAAACCAUUUGCAUACACUAUAUUGCCAAAAGUAUUGGGUCACCUGGUCAGAAGUGCGUGAUUUUUGAGCAUCGCAUUCCACAUUUGGUCCCAAUGUGCUCUUCUAAUUCCCUCCACUCUUCUGAGAAGAUGUUCCACUAGAUUUUGGAGUGUGUUUACAGAUAUUUGUGUUCAUCAGCCACAAGGGUGUUAGUAAAAUCAGGAACUAUUGAGAUGUAGGCGAGGAGACCUGGGGUGCAGUCGGCGUUCACAUUCAUGCCCAAGAUGUUCACUGAAACUUAUGUAAAGUAGAUCUGCAUGUAGAGUCUCUUUGUACACAGGAACAUUGUCAUGCUGGAACAGGUUUCAAAUUCAAGGGUAAAGUUAAUGGUACUGCAUCAUAUCACAUGACAUAUAUAUAUAUAUAUAUAUAUAUAUAUACGAUCGUGUGCCUAGAACUUUCUGGUAACAGUUUGGGAAAGAAUCAAAUAUGGCAAUUCGUGUCCCAAUACUUUUGGAAAUAUAGUGUAUAUAUCUCUAUAUAUAUAAAUCUUUACUGUAAAAUUGACUCAUCAGAACAUGUUUCAGUGGGUAUAUAGGAUUUUUUUUUCUGUAGUACCGUAAAUUCCCUCAGUGCUUUGGUGAUGUUGUGGAAACACUUGAGAUUUGAUGCAUCAUAGUACGAUGUCUAAAUAAGUAAAUAUAAAAAGGUAUAUAUUAGUGCAAGCCAAAAAAAAAAAACCUGAAGUGCCUCAGCAUCUCUGUAGAGUUUAUGCUCAUUAUCCUGAACUAGUGGCUGUAAUGUAAUCGAGCUCAUUCGAAAAAAACAAGCUGUAUUUCUAUAUUUUAGUCGCGGAAAAAUACGGAAUGAUGAUUAAUCGGAUUUGUAUUGUAUUUGAUGGAGAAAGGUUUUUUACCUUUCCAGUCGUGUUAUUUAGCAGAGUCUUGAGGUAUUUUCAUCCAGCUGAUUUGACUGCAUGUAUCGUUUAUUCUUUGCUUAGAAAUUUCCACUUCCAUAUUUUCUAGUAUAUAAAGUACCACUUCUGUCUAGAGUUUAGAUAGAUACCUGCUAUAAAAAUAUGAAUAGAGGUCUGUUUUUUUGCCCGAUGGACUUGCUUUUUAAUAAACUUGUCCAGUACACAUUCCCAAACUGACCUAGGUCGAAUUGUUAGUUUAAUAUACAAUAUUUUAGAAAUGUUUUAUUAUAUAAAGAGCCGUCGUCACAUAUUAGGCCUUCCUCGUCAAAUAUUUUCCUUAUUCGAGCUGUAAAUUUUUAUUUGUCCACGCAGGACAAGUCGCAUUCCUACUUUUUUUAUAACUUACGCGUCAAUAUUAAGCAGUAUUUUAAAACGAUCAGUCUAUAUCUUUAAAUCUUUGCAUUAUUUCUUUCCUCUGAUAGAGUACGCUACUUUAUCUUUAAAAGAUCGUCCACAUCGUUUUUUCAGCAGAUGAUCCCUGGGAUAACUAUCAUCCAUUAAGAAGUAUUAUUAGAGGUCAUUUAAUUAGAGAAUGAAAUAUAACUCAGGUUUUAGGUUGAUAGAAUUUUUUUUUUUUUUUA